AUGAAGUCGUACUACGAGCUACUGGGGCCUGGAAGACCCACCAGAACCGUGCUGACACUCACCUGUUUAUUUUCCUUCAUCCUGUAUGGAUUCGAACAAGGUGCCCUCGCCAACAUCCAAAAUCACCCCGUGUUUCAAAGCCAAUUUGGCCAUCCUUCGGGUAACUACUUGGGGAUCAUUGUGUCUGUGUACAACCUCGGAAGUUUCUUUGGCUGCAUUGUCAACUUCUUUAUUGGUGACAAACUGGGAAGAAGAAAAACAGUCUGGGUCGGUUUCACCCUUGUUAUCAUCGGAAUCACCUUGCAGACAAGCAGUUACAGUGUUGUGCAGCUAUUUUUUGGACGCUUCAUUUCUGGCCUAGGAACUGGAAUGGAGACUAGUACGGUGCCCAUGUUCCAGGCUGAGGUUGCAGGGGCCCACAAUCGUGGUGGUCUCGUUGCAGCAGAGCCUCAGGGCGUGGCCCUGGGUAUCACUAUCUCGUACUGGAUCGGAUACGGCUGCAGCAAAAGGCACGACCAGACAUCGUGGAGACUGCCAGUUGGCAUCCAGAUGCUGUUUGCCGUGUUGGCCUGGUUCAUGUUGUUCCUGUGUCCUGAGUCGCCUAGAUGGCUGAUGAAAAAAGGACGUGUCGAGGACGCCAGAAACUGUCUUGCGCGUAUCAACAACGUGCCGAAAGACGAUCCACUCGUGAACAAGUGUAUCGACGACAUCCUGUACCUUCAAGAGGUUGAAGGGGAGGGAGAGAAGAUCAGCUGGCGAGACAUUGCCCGCGGCAGGGACGCCAUGCACGCUAGAUACAGACUCUUCCUGUGUGUUAUGGUGCAAUUCUGGAAUCAGUAUGGAGGUGUGAAUCUUGUGGUGUAUUACGUGCCGUUGGUGCUUGAGACUAACGUUGGAAUGAACACUAACAUGUCGACCAUUCUUGGAGGCUGCAUCAUGGUGACUUUCUUUGUGUUUGGAUUCAUCCCGACUCUGUGGCUCGACAGAAUUGGACGGCGAUUUGCUCUUAUUGGUGGCUCUCUGGGACAGAUGCUCUCUAUGAUGAUGAUCACUAUCCUGCUUAGAGUUGGAAGCAAGAGCACUUCUGCCGCUGCGGUUGCCUUCUUCUUCACAUACAUGGCCUUCUUUGGUACCGCCAUGAACUGCGUGCCAUGGGUGUACGUCUCUGAGGUUUUGCCUCUGCAGCUCAGAUCCAAGGGCAACGCCAUUGGAAUCUCGUCAAACUGGAUCAGUAAUUUUGUGAUUGCCAUGAUCACUCCUAUUGUGACCAAAAACCUGGGCUGGAAAACCUACAUCAUCUUCACGUUAACAAACGGUGCCGCUGCAGUGAUGUUCUAUCUAUUCUGUCCAGAAACCGGUAACAGGACGCUGGAAGAUAUCGAGGCCAUUUUCCUGAACCACAACACGCUGUUUUACGGAAUCAGUCACUUCGACAGACCAUUGGCCGACCUCGACGAAAAGCCUGAAAUCUCGCACAUCGAGAGCGCCAGCAAGCUCCUCGAAAGCAGUUGA